CUAGAAAUGGCACUGUCUAAAAGCCAAGUCCACUGGUCCAAAGAAGACAUCCUGAUGUUACUGGAAUGCAUGGAGAAUAACCUUCCAUCCAAUGACCAACACAAGUUCAAAACAACCCAGUCUCAUUUGGAUUGGGAAAAAGUAGCUUUUAAAGAUUUUUCUGGAGAAAUGUGCAAACUCAAAUGGUUAGAGCUUUCUCAUAAUUUGAGGAAGUUUCGCACUUUAACGGAAUUAGUCUUGGAAGCUCGAGAACUUGCUAAAAAUCCCCGCAAAAGCAAAAAAGACAAAAAACAUCCAGAUUUUCCCAAGAAGCCCUUAACUGCUUAUUUCCGCUUCUUCAAAGAGAAGUGUUCUGAGUACUCCCAAAUGCACCCUGAGCUCAAAAAGCAGGAGCUCACCAAGGUCCUGUCCAAGAAAUACAAGGAGCUCCCAGAGCAGAUUAAACUGAAAUAUACUGAAGAUUUCCAGAGGGAGAAACAGGAAUUUAAGGAAAAACUUGCUCAGUUCAGAGAAGAACACCCUGAUCUCAUCCAGAACCCCAAGAGACCUAAUAUCCCCAACAAGCACCAAGCCCAAUCCCAAGAGACUUCUCCAGAAAAUGUGAAAGAAAUGAAGUCCCUUCCAGAAACUAACGACUUUUCCAAAAAGAUGAAAUUCAAUGGUGAGCCCAUCAAGCCUCCAAUGAAUGGAUACCACAAGUUCCAUGAGGAUUUGUGGUCGACUAUGGAGUUGCAACACAUGUCAGUGAGAGAGCGCACGGUGGAGAUUGGAAGACGUUGGCAGCGUGUCCCACCGAACAUGAAGAAGCAAUAUGAGAAAUGGGCUGAGAAGCUGCAGCAACAGUACAAGGUGGACAUGGAUCUUUGGCUCAAGAGUCUGUCUCCCAAGGAAUACGCUGCAUACAGAGAGUCCACCUCUGUUAAGCGCAAGAAUAUGGACAUGAUGGGAGGCUCGAGCCCCAAGUUCAGACGGACAGCUCUACAGUCCCCAUCAAUGAAGAGCCUGCCAGAAAGCCAUGGAGAGGAGCAGGGAAUGCAGACUCUAGGGACACAUUCAUCAGAGACUGUUCAGGUUGCUUACCAUCCCUCACAGGGGUCAGAAGAAACUAAGAAGGAAGAUGGGGAAGAUGAUGAAGACAUUAAGUCCCCAGAUUCCAGCAGUGGAGGUGAAGAUGAAGACAGUGAGUCUGAGGACGGUGACUCCAGCUCUUCUUCUUCAGAGGACAUCUCUGACUCACACUGCAACUGA